CCCAGGGAGAACGUGCGUGCAGAGAAGAAAGACGGGUAAUAAUCAUGUCAGCCUCAUGGAAGCAGCUCUUUUUUCAGAUCUUCCUGCUUCUCAUCACCUGCAGACACAUCCGUACAAAGACAACUGGCCCAACUCCUUCACCAGUGGCUCCCAUCAGUCCUCUGCCAACAGAAGUAAGAAGCGUUAUCCUUAAAGGUGAAAAUCAUACUGAGAAAGUUGAAAUGUUGAACCCUGUCGAACUAACACUUGAGUGUACCUGGACUGGUAAUAUGAACAAACUACCGAACAUAAGUGGUUACUGGAGAAAAGAUGUUGAUGAAAUUGAGAACAGCCGGCUCACAGUGCAGUUGGAAAAUGAGCAGUAUAAUCUCAAACGAGUGUUCAGGAUUGACAGAGAAGAAAACCUCGGAAAUUACUCAUGCAUAUUUGGAGAUAAAGCAAAAAUAGAUUUUGUUUUGGAAGCUCCACAGAUCAGUGAUGUGCGAGAUAAGCCAAUAGUCAGCUAUGUGGGGGAUUAUGCAGUGAUGCCAUGUAAAAUGGACGACAACAAACCAAAGCCCAACUCAUGGAACUGGUACAAACUAAAUGGGACAGAUAAAGAGCAGAUUUUCGUUGCUGUGGAGCCUCACCGGUAUGAAAUCAAAAAUGAAGAGGGGAAGACCAAGUUGGUGGUGCACAACCUGACAGAGGCUGACUCUGGCUUGUAUCACUGUGAGGCGGUGUACGCCAUUAGCAAAACAAUGAGCAAGGUGGAGCUGAGGGUCAUCACCUUCUGGGAGCCUCUGAAGCCCUUCAUAGCCAUCCUGGUCGAAGUGAUGAUCCUGGUUGCCGCCAUCCUGCUCUAUGAGAGAAGUCAGUCCAAGAAAAUCUGCACAGCAGAAAAUGGGACAAAUGCUGAUCAAAUGAACACACAGAUGCAGGGAGAAAAUAAUGGAUCAGAGGGAAGUUCUUCAAUGAGACAGCGCAAAGUCUAAAGACUAUAAAGGCUGCAAUCCAGCAGAUUCAAGCUUCUUUAAAACUGUUUUGUUUAUUUUCUCCAAACAAAAUGCAAUAACCACAACUUUACAAUCACUUUAUUCUAUUUUGCUAGAAGAAAUGGUUUUUGCUUUUAAUCAUCAGUGUGGUCACGAUUUGUGAGAAAACAAAUUGUUUACCCACCUUGGUUUUGGGUGUUGAGCCCUGUAUGCCUUCACUUCCUGUGGAAAAACCAAACUUAUGCUGUUGACUAGACUCACUUUGCCUUUGUCACUUCUUUGUCAGUGCGGAAGUUGAUUAUCUUCAUUUUGACAGCAACCUCAGCUCCUUUUUGCUGUUAUUUAUGAAGUAUUGUUUAUGAGCAGUGCCUUACACUCUCAAAAAGCAAUUAACUAACCAUUCAUACUGUGCUUGCAAUGACUUCUUGUCACUUUUUGGAAUUUGUCCUUACAGUAAUGUGUGCCUAACACUGUGUCUACAUACAGUGAAUUACCUUAAUAAUCAAGAUAUAUCCUCAUGUAUGCAGAUGUUUGUGUAUAUUUUUCAUGUUAAUCUAACCACUGUAUAUGUCAACAAGCAGAUUAAACUACACAAAUCACUGUUA